GGUGGAUGACCCUACAAAACGAAAGUUAUCAAAAAAGGACACUUAACUCUUAUUUCCAGCUAACGAGGAGUAUCGAUUUCUCUAAAUUCUGUUGCAGAAAGUAAAUCUUUUGACACUUUAUUUGUUACAACCACACAAGGAAACUGAGCUGGCUUGAAGGCUGUUGAAGCAUGGCUAAAUGGUGCAACUUAGAUGAAGAGGAAGAUGAACCCAGCAGAGGCUACUUCUGGAGAGUUUACAUCACUGAUUCUCUCCAUGUGAUACUCCCUGUUCUAUUCGCUGGAGCUGUGACCCUUUAUGGCUUCUAUCCUCCACUAGGGGCAGAAGAAGAAUUAGAAUGCCGUCAUGACUAUGUCAAAGAUGAACAUGUCUGCUACCAGCCAUGCGAACAUGGCUCAUUUUUCCUGCCAGGGAUGAAAGAAUGUCGUUCUUGGCUGACAUGUCAAGAUUUGGAGAAGGAUGUCCACAUUGGAAGCACAGUUGAUCGUGGAGUUGUGAAAUUGGUACAACUAGCUGAUUGGAAGGGUCACAAAGUAGCAGUGAACAGUCUUACACAGGAUGAAUACAAGGCUGACUUCCAUCAUGGUCUGGAGAUGUUGAAGGCAUUCCAGCCUCACGCCAGAGUCACACAGUUUAUCGGUUCCUGUGAUGAUACAUUUAUCACUGAGUACCACCACUUCAAAUCUGCAGUACAACUUGAGCAGACGCUGCAAAUCCCACAGCACCUGCAAAUCAAUAAUCUCACGACAAGAUUUCAGUUAUGCUUGGAUUAUGCAGAGAUUCUAGCGUCCCUCCACAACAGUUCGAUUGGAAAGAGAGUAAUGUGUGAUUCAAAUGACUUGCAAAAAACUCUUGAGCAGUACUUAGUGACUUAUGAUAUCCGGUUGAUAGUUAAUGAUUUAGAUGCCUUGCCUGAGGUCAAGGAUGGACAAGGAAUUAAAUGUGGCCAUCGACAAUUAACGGGUGAUUUCGUUGCUCCUGAACAACUCUGGCCUUACCCAGAUGUGGAGUUCAGUGACAAGGAUAUGUCUGGUUAUGAUGAGAAAAUUGACAUCUGGAAAGUGCCAGAUAUUUGUCUGUUUUUUAUUGGUGAUAAACGUGGGACUGAUGUGUUGAAAUUUCACCUCCAUAAAAUACAUACAAAAUGUAAAAAUUCUAAUCCAAAACUGCGCCCCAGUGCAGAUGAUUUAUUAGAAGAGUACAUGCGAGUGAGGAAAUACAUAGGCUUACACAGCUACAAGGAGUUGUAGUCAAAGUAUUUCAUUGUGUUCAUUGUGUGUUUCGGCUUGUCCAUUAUUGUGAGAACUUCUCUGUAGCUUGUUGGGUAUUUUAUUGCACUUAGUCUCAUGAGUGUCAGCACCCUUAUUUGUUUUAGAGCCAUAACCUAACAAAAUACAUGCAAUACAUGUCUAUGCUGAAUUAGAAUCUGGCACUGUGUUCUUCCCACAGUAAAUGUUAUCCGACCCAGAUUUGUGUUCUGAGUGUCACAUGUGGCUUGCAUAUCAGCAUCCUCACUGCAUGUUCUAAGUGUUCUGUAUCGGUUUUGACUUCUGUGCUAUUGCCUAAGUCGGCAUUUACCGCAUGAAAUUCUGUUAUCUUUUAUAAUACAUAUUUUCAAAUAAAGCUGAAAGUGCACUGAA